AUGUGGAGCGUGCAAUAUUGCUAUGAUGAUCGCACAGCUCGCUUUGCCGUUAAGAUGAUUAUGUUCCGCGGCGGCGUCGUCGGAGAACUUGACGCUCGACGGGACGCUGCAUUCGCGCGUGUCCUCGAGCGGCUCCAAGCUCGCUCUCGGGGCGUGCUCGCGCGCAGACGGGCACAAAAACUCCGUACACAGCAUACAGCCGCUAGAUGCGUCCAACGUAAUGUUCGCGCAUUUCUUGCGGUUCGCGAUUGGCCAUGGUGGAGGCUGCUCGUUCGCGUUACGCCGCUGCUCGCCGUGCAUCGCACCGAACAUCAGCUCAAGCAGGCACAGGAAGAAUUGGAGACACUUAAAGCGAAGUUGGAAAGGGUGGAAAACGAGAAGUCUCACUACAAGAACGAGUCCGAACGAGUUGAAAACAAAGUAAGUAAUAAAUAA